UCAUGCUGUCCUCCCUGAAGACGCUGCUGCUUCUCUCGGUCGUGUGCACGCCGACCUCCAGCCUGUGCCUGCGCCUGUACCCGUCAGACCUGCUGUGUAACGAGCCCCAGAGCGACAGACCAGAGCCCGACAGCGCGCAGCUCAGUGACUGGAGCUCCGUGCUGCAGUUUGGAGAACUCCUGUCCUCCUCGUCCUCCGCAGAGUCCAGUCGGGAAAAAAGGACUUCUAGUCCCGCAAACUACCGCUUCAUCAGCCGGACCAAGCUCAAGGGCCAAAUGCUCCGGAACAGCAGUAAAGGAGACCGCAGGAGCCGGCUCACCCUGUCCCUGGACGUUCCCACCAACAUCAUGAACGUGCUGUUCGACGUGGCCAAAGCCAAAAACUUGCGCGCCAAAGCUGCGGAGAACGCGCGCCUUUUGGCGCAGGUGGGACGCAGAAAGUGA